AUGGCUACAAUAAACAAGGACUUUUUCAGAGAAGCUCAACCUUCACAACUGGAAGUUUUUGAAUUACCACCAACACAGACAGCCGUCGAAAAUGUAUACUAUCAAGACGUACUACCGAUAUCACAAAUGACUGGUGAUUCACCCGUAGAAUUUAUCGUUUCCGGUCAAAAUGGUAUGGAAUACAUCGACAUGAAAAAUUCCCUAGUGUAUGCUAAAAUAAAGAUAAAAAAGGCGGAUGGAUCAAAUAUCAGCUCUACUGAAGACAUAGGCCCCGUCAAUUUUUUACUACCUGCUCUGUUUUCACAAGUAGAUGUCACACUUCAAGGAAGAACCGUGAUAUCUACAACUGCUAACUAUGCAUACAAGGCAUACAUUCAGACAUUAUUGAAGGAUGGAAACGGUGCUAAAACAUCACAGUUAACGACACAGUUAUGGCAUAAAGAUACUGAUGGAGAAAUGGAUGAUACAGAUGUGAGGACGGGUAAUAAUUUAGCUUUACUAGAAAGAGCCGAAUUAUUCGAAGGUGGCAAAGUUGUCGAUUUGGAAGGUCCCAUAUUUCACGAUCUAUUCAGAAUGGAUAGAUAUUUACUCAAUCAAGUCAACGUAAAUGUGAAGAUGUACAGAUCAAAACCAGAAUUUUGCCUACUUUCCGGUGAACAAACUCCCAACUAUAAAAUUGAGUUUGAAGAUGUUAGACUACGCAUCGCUAAAGUUAAAGUGAACCCUGCCGUCAUCUAUGCCCAAAGCCAAACCCUGACAACAACUACUGCAAAAUAUCCAUUUACAGAAAGUAUUCUAAAACACGUCACUCUUGCUGCUGGUGGGACAAGUUUUACGUACGACAACAUAUUUCAAGGAAUGAGACCCAAUUUUAUCACCGUAGGCUUUGUGAAUGCAACCGCCAUCACGGGGGCAUACAAUCAAAACCCGUGGUUCUUCCAACCAUUCAAUGUUACAUCCAUAGGCCUCUAUGUGGAUGGAAUACCUGUUGGCGGUAGCACCAUAAAAUUGGAUUAUGAUACCAGCAGCGGACAGACUACUAUACCCUUCUUACGGAACAUGUUCAAAACAACUGGAAGAUGGUUAUCCGAUUGUGGAUUAGAUAUUGACAGGGAAAACAUUUCCAGCGGUUAUUCGUUAUGCACAUUUAAUUUGGAGCCCAUUUUUCAAGGGAAUCAGUAUCUUACCUUAUUAAAACAAGGAAACGUCAGACUGGAGGUCACAUUCGGAAGUACACUAUCCAAAGCCAUCAGCUGCAUCGUCUACGCCGAGUAUCCAGGACAUUUCGAAAUCAACGCUGCAAGAGACAUUUUAAAACCAUGA